UUUUGUAUGUCUCUCAGUUCAUGGAGCUCUCUUAAUGAAUCAGUCAAAUAAGGGAGACAUACAAAAUGUCCAGAGCAGUGGGUCCCGAGAACUGGAGUUGAUUUUUACUGAAAUUGUCAUGUCAGUUUCAUAUGUGUUUCAAAAGGGGACGCCAGAAGCACGGCAAACUGCUGGAAGACACGGCGGCUUCCGUAAGUCACAUUCUGUCAGCUCAGCUGUUUGUUCAGACUAGUUAUGUUUACACUCUUCUGUCGUCCAGAUUUAUCGUCUGUGAUUUAAGCAUUUGGACUCUGAAAGCUUUAAACCAUGGAUGAAUCAGAUACAAGCGCUAUUAUUGCGGAGGACUCGGAGUCGGGUGACUCCAGCAAAUUCUGUUGUUGUUUUAAGGUGACACAAAACAAACCUCCUCCGCCGUGUUCAUGUCCAUUUUCCGUGACCGUGGAGCCCGUUAUGUUCCUUUCCACGUUCUCCAUAGUUCUCCAGAUGCCUUUAUACACGCAGUACCUGUGGGAUCGUCUCAGUGAAGAUGUGGGUUAUAAUGGAACGAAAGGAGGAGGAUGUAAUGCAUCUACGGUCCACGACCCUCUGCAGAAGGAAGUGGAGAUUCUGACUGCACACUGGAGCCUAUACAUUAAUUUGGGUGGUUUUCUAGUUGGGCUGAUUAUGGUGACCCUGUUAGGCUCAUGGAGUGACCGUGCAGGUCGGCGUCUGGUUCUGAUCAUCCCAUCCCUUGGCCUGGCUGUUCAGGCGGCAGUGUAUUUGAUUGUAAUGUACCUGAAGCUACCUGUGUUCUGGUUCCUUAUUGGGAGGAUCUGCAGCGGCCUCUCCGGGGACUUCAACGCCAUAUUGGCCGGUUGCUUUGCGUAUGUGGCUGACACGAGCGGCAGGGGGUCUCGCACCUUUCGUGUGGCGAUACUAGAGGCUUGUUUGGGAUUGGCUGGCAUGUUUGCAAGCAUCAUCGGAGGACAAUGGCGUCGGGCACAAGGGUAUAUCAACCCUUUCUGGCUAGUAUUGGCCACAAAUCUUGCAGCAGCCUUUUACACAUACCUGUUUGUGCCUGAAACGGUCACCCCUGACCCCGAGGCAAAACUCCUCUCCACCAGGCAUCACCGGGCCAUCUACCGCCUCUAUGGAUCUGAUGAACCGCAGGGGCGCAGAACUAAACUAUGGUUUUACACUCUCUGCUUCUUUUUGGUGGUGUCUGUACAUUUGGGUUGCAGUGACCUCUAUGUGCUCUAUGAGUUGAGUGCUCCGCUCUGCUGGGGUCCAGAGAUGAUUGGUUAUGGCUCUGCGGCCAAGAAUCUAGCCUACCUCACCAGCCUGACAGGGCUCAGGGCCAUGCAAUGCUGUCUGGAGGACUCCUGGGUGGCUCUGGUGGGCCUUACCUCUAACAUUGUUGGCUUGAUUGUGAUUUCAGUCGCUGACACUACAGCUCUGAUGUUUACCGGAUAUGGCCUGUGCUUCCUUUUUAUGGCCUCUACCCCAGUCUUGAGAUCUAAACUGUCCAAACUGGUGGACCCUUCGGAGCAAGGUGCUCUGUUUGCUUCAGUGGCGUGUGUAGAAGGUCUAUGCUCACUAGUAUCUAGUGGGGUUUUUAACUCUCUGUACCCUGCCACCCUACACUUCAUGAAGGGAUUCCCCUUCCUCUUUGGGGCCUUCAUCCUCCUUAUUCCAGCUGGCAUUAUUGGGGGCUUGGGUUGCCAGGAGAAGAGAGAGAGAAGAACAAACCGAGAAGGCUCUGGAAUAUCCUGACAUUGAGUCUGUAAGAGUUUUACAGCUAGGACAGCAAAGGACAGAGCGAGUCCAAGAAAAAGUAAUGAUUUUCUGCACAACUGGGAUCCUAAAGCUGACUACCAAUAGAGCGCACAAAAUGGACUCGUGUGCAAUUCCUGAUGACUUGGGCAUGGCAGUCGCCGUGAUGUUCCAACAACAUUUCUGACCAUAAGAAUUUUUUUUAUUUUUUUUUAAGAAAUUAUACAGCAAAGAUACAUUAAAUUGAUCAAAAGUGACAGUAAAGACAUUUAUAAUGUUACAAAAUAAUUAUAUUUCAAAUUCUAUUUCUAUAUCAAAGAAUCUUGAAUAAAAAUUUCCACAAAAAUUAAGCAGUGCAACUGUUUUUCUCAAGAACCACAACAACAUUUUAGACUAAUUUCUGAAGGAUCAUGUGACACAUAGGUAUGUGGAGUUCCCCAAAAAGUGUAAACACUGUGACUCUGUGGUGUUAUCAAAACACUGUGUCAUCCUCACCAGCAUGACACAACAACAUUAGCUCAACCAAUGGCAUGAGUUUUGGUCAGAAUUAUCUGCUGACUAAUGGGGGCCGGGGCAGUGAUUGAGAAGCCUGUUUGGUCACGUCUCACUGGUGUAUCAGGGAAAAUCACUGCAUCUUAACAUCAAGAUUUUUAAUGCAGUGUGUCAUGGAAAUUCUCAGUACCUACUAAUCUUACUACUUCACCACAGACAAUUCAAACAACGAAGUAUGGUGUCAAGAAGAUAACACACUACCUCAAACCACACAUGAGCAACAGGUCUUUAGCAUCUAUACACUCUCACUGCCCUCCUCAGGUGUACACUGGUCCUGAUCUAAGCUAAUCAUAUGACUGUUAGAAUGUUUAAUUGUCUUCAAUAACAAGUCUAUUAUUACUCUAAUUAAUUCAACACGUUUAAUGCUUCCCUAUGUUAGUUGUGUUCUAGACAUCUGAAAAUUACAUGAAUGUGAGAGGAGACUCUUGCAAUUAUGGCUUGUCUGUCUGUGAACAUUACAUCUAACAGGAAUUGAAAAUUACAUCUAAUGCUUUGUGCUUGUCUGUAAGUGUCAAAUCGUUUAUCUCAAUGGUUUGACGUUUUGUACUAGAAUAUUUGAAUACAGUGCAACAUGCAAUUUUUUUAUUUUUUGACACAAACAUCUGGACAUGCAGAAUAAAGGGAUGUUUUCCAAAACAA